UCGAAAACAUCGGCAUGGUGCAGGACGGGUUGAAGACCAUCGCCCAACCGCUGGCCGUGGUCGACCGUGAAAACGCCCCGCGCCUGAGUGUGCCCCAUGGCGAAGUACGCUUCGAGCAGGUGGAUUUUCACUACGGCAAACAGAGCGGGAUCAUUGGCGGCCUGAACCUGACCAUCAAGGCCGGGGAGAAAAUCGGCCUGAUCGGGCCGUCCGGCGCGGGCAAAUCGACCUUGGUCAACCUGCUGCUGCGCCUGUACGACCUGCAAGGUGGGCGCAUCCUGAUCGACGGCCAGAACAUCGCCGAGGUGGCCCAGGAAACCUUGCGCGAGCAGAUCGGCAUGAUCACCCAGGACACCUCGCUGCUGCACCGCUCGAUCCGCGACAACCUGCUCUACGGCAAGCCUGACGCCACCGAUGAAGAACUCUGGAGCGCGAUCCACAAAGCCCGCGCCGAUGAAUUCAUCCCACUGCUGUCAGACUCCGAAGGCCGCACCGGGUUGGACGCUCACGUCGGCGAACGCGGGGUGAAACUCUCCGGUGGGCAGCGCCAGCGCAUCGCCAUUGCGCGGGUGCUGCUCAAGGAUGCACCGAUCCUGAUCAUGGACGAGGCCACCUCGGCGCUGGACUCGGAAGUAGAAGCAGCGAUCCAGGAAAGCCUGGAAACCCUGAUGCAAGGCAAAACGGUGAUCGCGAUUGCCCACCGCCUGUCGACCAUCGCCCGCAUGGACCGCUUGGUGGUGCUGGAGAAAGGCCGGAUCGCCGAGAGCGGCAGCCAUGCCGAACUGUUGGCCCAUGGCGGGCUGUAUGCGCGGCUGUGGCAGCAUCAAACCGGCGGCUUCGUCGGUAUCGACUGAACACAACGCUGGUUGCACCGU